CAUAGAUAGAUUAGAAGUGGAGUUAGCUGCCCACGCUGCUCCUCUUAUUCUAGGGUUCGUUGUUCUUAGAGGGGCCUUAUCCACCGCCACGAGCACCAUCGGACUACCCACUGGGGGCAUCGUCGGCACCAGCUUUCAUCUACUAGGUUGCUUUCGGGAACUUCUCUGAGUCAUGGUCUCUUCAACUCCUUGCAUCAGUGAAACUGAUAUUUUUUAUCCGGAUUCCCAGCGCUAUGAAUACGACCACUCUUCGUGUAGAAAGAGGCUAAAGGUCUCAGAUUCUGUACGCCAUGAUCUAGUUUCUCAGAUAUCUGCUGGUAAUUUUGAUGCUGUUGCCUAUUCUGCUGAGCCAAGUCAUGGUCUCCACGUGUCCUCAUCUUGCUGUGAUUGUUGUGAAGAAGUUGGUUCACAUUCUGCUACAGAGAUGAGCUGCCAGUCUAAUGGCGACAUUGGCAAUAUUCCGCAGCCGUGCAACAUUGGGGGUUCUUCAUACCAGGGAAAGACUUACACUGGAUGUGUCCCGACUGCAUUUGUGACUGGAUGGAUGUAUGUCAAUGAAAAUGGGCAAAUGUGUGGGCCCUAUAUUCAGGAGCAGUUGUAUGAGGGUUUAUUCACAGGGUUCUUGCCUAAUGAGCUUCCCGUGUAUCCCAUUGUAAAUGGGGCUUUAAUCAACCCUGUGCCAUUGAAUUACUUCAAGCAAUUUCCUGACCAUGUUGCCACUGGUUUUGCUUAUUUAACUACAGGUAUCUCUGGGAUAAUUGUGCCAACAAAUUGUGUUGCCAAUUCCACUAGAGAUUUAGAAACAAACAAUCCACUUUUUGCUGCUCCGAACAGUGAUUAUUCUGGUUCACACUCAACAAUCCAACCAUGUCUUGACCACAACAGUUGCUCCAACCAACAGAUGUUCAACUCUGAAGCAGCUGCUUCAACUACGUCAUACCCACUGCUGUCAGGCAACGAAUUGUCUUGGUUCUUUGAGGAUGAUGAGGGGAGGAAACAUGGACCACACUCUCUUGUGGAGCUUUAUUCUUGGCAUCACCAUGGAUAUCUUUGCGAUUCAGUAACGGUAUAUCACGCUGAUAAUAAGUUUAGACCGUUUACUUUGCAAUCUAUGAUAAAUUCUUGGAGAACGGCUAUACCUGGACAUGUAUGUGUAUCUGAUAUUAAAGGCAAUGAGACUGGUUCUUUAUCAAGCUUCUUAUCUGAAAUUUCUGAAGAAGUAUGCUUCCAACUGCACACUGGAAUUAUGAAAGCAGCUCGUAGAGUUGUGCUAGAUGAGAUUAUUCGCCACAUAAUUGCAGAAUGUGCUGCUAUGACGAAAGCCCACAGGCAUCCUAGGUUGGAAGUGGUCAAUCAGAUUGCCAAAACUUGCUCUUUGGAUAGCAAAGCGUCUGAAACUUUUGAUGCGAGGAAUGAGUCAGUUGCUUCUGUGAAUGAGGUGGCAGCAUGUAAUGAUGUUUCUGGGCAGAAACAUCCCAUUAAUGAAAGUCCUACAAAUUCUCUUGCAAGCUUGAAAUCCGUCGGAAACUAUGAGAACAUAUGGCGUGCAUAUCUCUUUGUCUGCAGAAUGAUUUUUGAUUCUUGCAUGCAAGUCAUGUGGAAUGCCAUUUUUUAUGAUCCUAUAGCAAAGUAUUCCUCUUCAUGGCGAAAGAGAAGACGCUGGUCUGGUCAUUGUGCUGCUGCUGAACAGGGAAUCCCAUUCACAAAGUAUGUCAGAAAAAUUGAGAAGUUGCGAUCAGAAGAAGAAUCUUCUUCUUGUGAGCUUGAGCGUCCCCCUGGUUUUGAAUUGGUGAGAAUUAUCCCAGAUAUUUAUUCCUGUCCACCUGCGGGUGUUUCAACCUCCUUUGGGGCAGAAAAGUCAUUUAAGAAGAAGAGUCUAUCGAAUCGUGAUCAAAUUUGCGAAGACUUGGAUUGCAUCUUGGAACGUGUAGAGAAUGAUCUCCAAUCAUCUGCAGCUACAUCUUUGAUUCAAUAUUUUGAAACUUUCGUUGAGGAGGAAGUGAAGAAAGUAGUUGAUUCUUUAGGUGGUGGCAAAUUGAAUGAGGUUGCCUCUGACUCUUCUGUUCAACACAGUUUAUGUGGAUACGGUUUUACUGACCCAUGUCCUGAUUUAAAGAUGAUUUCAUCUGAUGAUUCCCAGUCUCCAUCACAAUUAGCAGAACCUUGCCAUGGGACUUAUGUUUCUGGAUAUAAAAGUUCUCUGUCUCAUUUUUUAUCUAGUGCAUUUUUGAAAUUGUGUGCACAUGUAGAUAAUACGGUUAAUGACCAAAAAGUUCAUGAGCCAUGUCCACCCGGAUUUGAGGAUAAUUUAAGAGAUGUUGUUCCAUCAAUGGUAGAUAAAUUUCAAACAUCCUGGUCAGAUGAGUAUCUCACUAAGAUUAGAGAGAGUGUCGUGAUGGCAAUGUUCCGGCAGAAGUUACAUGAUGGUGUGCUGAGAGAGUGGAAAUCCUUGUUUGUUGAUCAUGCUCUUCAUGAACAUCUAUUGUCAUGGUCUUCAAAGAAACACUGCAGAUUACAUGCUAGUGAGAUAGGAGAAUGUAAGAUGAAUAAAGAGAAAGCUGAGAAUUCUCCCAGUAUUUCUGAUAAACUUAGGGAAGGAUCAAGGGUUGCUCACAGCUUAGACCCUUUGGCGGUAUCUGGAAAAUAUACAUAUUACCGCAAGAAAAAAUUGGUGCGUAGAAAGUUGGGAUCUGUGUCUCAAUGUGCGACUUCAGGGAAUGUUGGAUUACAUAAUCAGGCUGUGGAGAAGUCAAGAAAGCAGGAUUUUUCUGAAGGUGUGUCUGAGGUUGCAGAAGUUGCUGCGGUUUUGAAUCUUAAAAAAAUUGGGCUAAAUAAUUGCCAGACUGAAUCCUGUAUUGAUGCCAAACAGUGCGAGGAUGACUCAGCAAGCCAUAAUGCAGUCAGUCAGAAAUUGGAGUUUUCUCUUGUAGUUCAAGAUUUUGCGGUCAAAGGAAAUGAUCCAGAAUGCAGCAAAGGUAGUGUCUCAGUUUUCACAGAGGGUUCUAAUGAUACUGAGAAGGUUGCUACUAGCAAUGUAGAGGAUGUUUGGAUGCAGGAAGCGCUUACAGGCGGCAGCUCCAAAAAGAUAACAAAAUCAGUAACUAAGGCAGCAAAUCUGAGGAGGAAGCACUCAAUGGAUGAUGUGCCAUUGUCGUGCUCUAGAAAAGUUUUGAAACUGAAAAAUAGUGUUGCCAAGCAACCAGUCUUUAAACAAGUUACUGUACGGAAGAUUAAGACAAGAAAAUCCAGGGCAUCUAAUCCAUGCCCCAGGUCUGAUGGGUGUGCUCGAGCAUCAAUUAAUGGUUGGGAAUGGCAUAAAUGGUCACUAAAUGCAAAGUUCGCUGAAAGAGCCUGUGUUAGGGGAACUCAUCGUGUUCAUGCUCAACAUAUUGGUUACGAGGUUAGUGGAUCACAGAUGUCGAAUAUGAAGGGCCUUUCUGCCAGAACAAACAGGGUUAAGAUGCGCAACCUUCUUGCUGCUGCAGAGGGUGCUGAUCUUUUGAAAACUACGCAGUUGAAGGCUAGGAAAAAACGAUUACGUUUCCAAAGGAGCAAAAUACAUGAUUGGGGUCUUGUUGCGUUGGAGCCAAUUGAGGCAGAGGAUUUUGUCAUUGAAUAUGUUGGAGAACUAAUUCGUGCUCGUAUAUCUGAUAUACGUGAACGUUAUUAUGAGAAGAUGGGAAUUGGGAGCAGUUAUCUUUUUAGACUGGACGAUGGUUAUGUGGUUGAUGCGACAAAACGUGGUGGGAUUGCUAGAUUCAUAAACCAUUCAUGUGAGCCUAAUUGCUAUACCAAGGUUAUAAGUGUUGAGGGUCAGAAAAAGAUUUUCAUUUAUGCAAAACGGCAUAUUGCUGCUGGUGAAGAAAUUACUUACAAUUACAAGUUUCCACUGGAGGAGAAAAAGAUCCCCUGCAACUGUGGUUCUCGGAGGUGCCGAGGGUCAUUGAACUAAGUUCUUUUAUGAGUCAACGAUCCUGGUCAUCGCUUUAAGUUCAUGUGGAGUGGACGAUAAUUGACGCCACUGCAUAAAGCGAGAGCAAUCUCAGGAAUGCUAGGGCUUAGAUUCCAUAUUGACUUUGGAUCAUUUGGGGAUGAGGGUUAGAUGCUUUCUAAUUAGUGCUGCAUGGGGAGGAAGGCAAAUUAGUCUGUCAAUCACCUUUUGUUGCAUUGUGAAGUGGCCAUGAGAUUCAUGGGUCUCACUUUUUCUUUUUGGAGUUUUUUGGGUUACGCUAGAUUCAGUGCUCUCAUUAUGAGAGUUGGAAAGGAGGAUACCGAUCUAAAGGGUUAAAAAUAUCUUGAACGGUGGCGUCUUUGAAUUUAAUGUGGUGCAUAUGGAGAGAAUGAAACAGCCUACCUUUACGCUAUGUUUGGUUGGGAGAUUUGGGGAAGGUUUUGGAAAGGGAAAGGAAAAAGGUUACAGUGAAUGUUCUUUGCUUUAUCUGUAGCUUGAAACUACAGGGAAAUCUAUGGUUUAAUGAGUCUAAAACAGCACCCUCAAUAGUGUGCUUGAAAGUUUUACCUUAGCUCUCGUGACUGUGAAUUGGCUAGAUGAAUGGGCUGCAGCAGAUUGCUUUGGAUGGGUUUAUCAUCAUUUGUAUGUCUCUGAAACGCACAAGUAUACAGUAAUUUACUUCAGUGGUGUUGUCAUUAAUUUGUGCUAUUUUGUUCAUUUGGGAUAGUAAUCAAUUUCCAAGACUCUGUGGAAUCAUAAUUAUGUGGGCAUUUUUUCUAAAACGGUUUUCAGUAUUAAUAUUGACAAUAGCACCUUUCCACUUAUGUUAAACAUGUGGGAUAAUUGCAAUAUUUUACAGCCAAACCAGAUUUUGAAAACAGAUCUUGAAAAUUUAAUCAUUUUUAUUCUGGUGAGGGGUCCAUGACUUGGAUUAGGGAAAAAGUUUGGAAGGGGGACUAGGGCAAGAGUGGAAAUCAUAGAUGUAAUUAUUCACACUGGCUUUAUAGAACUGCAUACAUAAGUCUGGUUCUACGCUACCUAAAUUUGGGCGUGGGUUGUUCCUGGUUUAUUGAAGUGCCUUUUUUGAUGUUGCACUAAAAUAUCUCAUGCAUGGAAACUAAAAUUCCAACCUGAUGAUAUUCUAUGUUGUUCAAAAAAAAAAAAAAAA